UCUUUUUCUUUCAGAUUUCGUCUGUGCUCCAGGUUUCAUUUUCCAGGGCAGCAGCCAUGGCUUUCUUUGUGAAAAAUAUGAUAAGUAACCAGGUAAAGAAUCUCGGGUUUGGAGGCGGGACUGAAGAAAAGAAAGAAGAGGGAAGCCCUUCGGACCCCGCGGCCGCGCAGGGGAUGACCAGAGAGGAGUAUGAGGAGUACCAGAAGCAGAUGAUUGAGGAGAAGAUGGAAAGGGAUGCUGCAUUUACACAAAAGAAAGCAGAGAGGGCGUGUCUCAGAGUCCACCUCAGGGAAAAGUACAGGCUCCCCAAGAGUGAAAUGGAUGAGACUCAAAUCCAGUUGGCUGGAGAUGACGUAGAUUUGCCAGAAGAUCUCCGGAAAAUGGUAGACGAAGAUCAAGAAGAGGAAGAAGAUAAGGAUUCUAUUCUUGGGCAGCUACAGAAUCUUCAGAACAUGGACUUGGAUACCAUCAAAGAAAAGGCCCAGGCCACCUUCACUGAAAUUAAGCAGUCUGCAGAGCAGAAGUGCUCUGUGAUGUGAAAGGAGGGG